CGUAUGCUCCCCGAAUGUCGUUAUAUUACCAUAUUGCUUGCACCUAUCCUGUUUGUAUAGAUCUGCAAACCCCAAGAGGUUAGGACCUUGGAGGUGGCGAAAAAUAGUUUUCGGACGGGUCCACAGAGACAGCUCGCACUGGAGGAUGCAGUGUCCUGACAUUACAUCGCCGCAUACAUCAUUCAUCAGAGGCACAUAGGGUGUUUCGCCCGGCAGGCAUGGCGGCGCCCUUUGCGCAUUUCGAUGAUGAUUGGCACGAUUUUAAGGAAUUUGAGCCGGUUUCAGAGCAGGGGACUCGGAUGGAACAAGUAAACUUGGUUGUCGAACAGGUGACAGACGUUCUGAAGGUCAUUCCAGAGAUCAACAACAGCUUUUCGGGCGAAAUGGGCAGCUUAAAGUCCAUGGAAGAUCUGGUGAACAAUUUAGACGAGAAAUUGACAAUGUGUUUCCGAAAUUUCAACACCAAAGCUGAGCACUUUGCCCCUGUAAACAUUAUCGCCGAGGACACAACACUGAGGAACGACGAGAUCUGGAAUGCUCUUGCAGAUAAUUAUGGUAAUGUCAUGGCAGUAGACUGGAAACAGUCUAGAACCCGCACCCUCCAUCUCCCCAGGCUAAACCUCGAAAACAAACCAAGGGUGGAUGAUGCAACACUGGAGCUGUCCGACGAUGAGGAGCUGAGGGAACAGAUGGACAUGCACACCAUCAUUGUCUCCUGCCUCAAUGACGAACCUCUCUUCACCGCAGAACAGGUUAUUGAGGAGAUAGAGGAGAUGAUGCAGGACUCUCCUGACCUGGAGGCAGAGCAGAACCUCCCCUCUCAGUCAGACCUCUCCAUGCUCUCUCUAGACAUCCAGCGCUCCAGAACAAACCACAGCUAUGAAGAGCGAGAGAGGACCCUGUGUUUAUCAGAGCUGAAUGAGCGGCUAGAGGAGGUGGAGACGGCCAUCAGACGUUACAGUGAGGAGCUGAUUCAACACCUGGACCUCAGGGACGAACUGGACUUUGAAAAAGAGGUGAAGAACAGCUUCAUCUCUAUCCUGAUAGAUGUGCAGAACAGACAAAAGGAACACAAGGAACUACUGAAGAAAAAGAAAAAACUCAAGAGUGGUGCCGGGGCCCCGCAGGGCCGACCAGAGAGAACACAAGCACUAGGAUCAGUGAGUGACACCAUCCAUGCUCGCUUCAGUAUGGAGGGCCUCUCCUCUGCCAUUCAAAAUGGCUUCUGGCAAACUUUUGGGAGUGGUGGCAUUGAAAGACAGUAUCUGACCACAGUCAUCCCAUAUGAGAAGAAAGGAGGCCCUCCAUCGGUGGAAGAUCUUCAGAUUCUUACCCAAAUCCUGCAAGCUAUGAGAGACGACAGUGACAAGGUGCCCAGCCUUCUGACAGACUACAUUCUCAAAGCUCUGGUGUGAGAGCCAUGGACAGAGAGUGCUUUGCCCAAUAUAGACUGGAAGGACAAUAACUGACAUUUGGGAAACAAGGUGAGGGAUCUGGUUUCAAUGUCAACAAGCAAAAUGAAGAGGACUUGCUCAGUGUGUUAUGCUGGUGAAUGAGGACCCAAAAGCGACUUAACGAAAACAGAGUCUUUAUUCCAGUAUAAGACAAAAGUAAUAAUCCUGGAUAUAUCAAGGAGAAAACAAAACAGGAAAAACUGAAAU